GGGCCUUCAAAUGCAAUCCAUUCCCAUCCUAACCCUAGCUCGACUUCGUCACUACCAUUUUUCCUUCGCUUCUGUCAGUACUCUCGAUGAAACCUCUGAACUGAGCGGAGCUUAUCAAUGGCGUCCCAAAUGGCGAUCCUCUCCAGAGCCCGUAAAACCCUCCUCAAAACCCUAAACCACCACAAUAAUCCCUUUAAAGCUUCCAUUUCCACCUUCACAUUCCUCUCCCAGGAACCCCAACUGGCCGAGCCCAGCCUCCCCCCGCCAUCUCCCACUCCACUUCCUCCCAACCCCGCCUCAGGGAGCCCGCUCUACAACGAGAACUGGCGGAGCCCCAUCCCCCAGGCUCAGUCCAUCAUUCCUCUAGGAUUUCUGCACCAGUCCUCUUCGUCGCGGCUGCAGGCGCUGUCGCAGACGCUGGAUGUGCCGAGCCUGAUGAACGUGUUCGCCGACUGGAUGACGUCGCAGCGGUGGGCGGAUAUGAAUCAGCUGUUCGAGUUUUGGAUUAGGUCGCUUGAUAAGAAUGGGAAGCCGAAUAAGCCGGAUGUGAACUUGUAUAACCAUUACUUGAGGGCGAAGUUGAUGAUCGGCGCCUCGGCUGGGGAGCUGCUGGAUCUGGUGGCGCAGAUGGAGGACUACGCCAUCAUUCCUAAUACGGCGUCGUUUAAUUUAGUGUUGAAGGCAAUGUAUCAAGCCAGAGAGACCGAGGCCGCCGAGAAGUUGUUUCAGCGGAUGCUGCAGACAGGAAAGGAAUCUAUGCCUGAUGAUGAGUCAUAUGAAUUGGUUGUUGGUAUGCUGUUUUUGACAGACCAGAUUGAUGCUGCCUUGAGAUAUGUUGAUUUGACUUUGAAAUCUGGUUAUAUGUUGUCAAUGAGGGUUUUUGCUGAGUGUGUGAGAAGUUGUGUUAACAAAGGCAGGCUGGAUGCUUUGGUGUCUAUUAUAGAGAGGUGCAAGACAAUGGAUCAGAAUAAAGCUCUUUCUCCCUCCUGGAACAUGUGCAUCUUCAUUGCAGAUAUUGCGAUGCAAGAGGAUAAUAGCAAAUUAGCUUUUUAUGCCCUGGAAUUCAUGGCCAGAUGGAUUGCUCGGGGUGAGAAUGCAAGGGGCCCUGUUCUACUCUCUGUGGAUGAGGGGCUUGUUGUAUCAGCACUUGGAACUGCUGGUAGGACUUACAGUUCUACUCUUCUAGAUGCAUCAUGGGCGAUCCUACGACGAUCAUUGCGUCAAAAGAAGGCACCUCAACCAGAAUCUUAUCUUGCAAAAAUAUAUGCCGAUGCAGCAUUGGGGAAUUUGCAGAGAGCAUUCAGCACUCUGCAUGAGUUUGAAACCGCUUAUAGGAACUCCCCCAAAGAAGCAGAAGAGGACAUAUUCUCACCUUUUACAUCUUUACAUCCUUUGGUAAUGGCAAGCUCCAAGAAGGGUUUUGAAACUUUGGACACGGUUUAUUUUCAAUUGGAGAAUCUGAGCCGUGCAGACCCUCCUUACAAGUCUGUUGCUGCUCUGAAUUGUGUUAUUUUAGGUUGUGCGAAUAUAUGGGACCUUGACAGGGCCUACCAGACUUUUGAGGCAAUUGGUUCUUCUUUUGGAUUGACCCCUGAUAUACAUUCAUACAAUGCUUUGAUGUAUGCAUUUGGAAAGCUCAAGAAGACAUUUGAAGCUUCAAGGGUGUUUGAGCACUUAACCAGUCUGGGCAUAAAACCAAAUGCAAUGUCAUUUUCAUUGCUUGUGGAUGCUCAUCUCAUCAACCGAGAUCAAAAAGCUGCUCUCUCUGUGAUUGAAGAGAUGAUAAAUGCUGGAUUUGCACCAUCGAAAGAGAUACUUAAAAAGGUGAGAAGACGAUGCAUUAGGGAAAUGGACUACGAGAGUAAUGACCAGGUGGAGUCCCUGGCGAGAAAGUUUAAGAUCCGUAUGGGCACAGAAAAUCGCAGAGACAUGCUGUUCAACCUUGCGUACAACACCGAGUAUGCUUGAUAGGGCUGUGAGACGUGGGAGUAAAUCCACCAGUUCUAUGAUGCUUAAGUUGCCGCAGCAUUCUGCAACAGCAGAAGAGAGAACUUUGUGAGUCAAAUGCAAAAAAUGGAAGAAAGGUACCUUAGCUUUGGAAAGAGCAAAAUCUGAUGAUAAGCUCUAACCUGGUUUUCUUCCUCCAUAUUUGCCCUUAUGAGGGAGUAGAUGGCAACGCCAGUAAUGGCUAUUGCAGUACCGAUCGCAGUCUGCGUCGUGAUCUUAUUACCUGCCAGAUUUUUCAACCACAAAAGAAUUCAAUAUAAAAGAACCUGUUUGGUAAAUUUUGGAUUGAAAGCAAUGAGUUCAUACCAAAUACAAUGGUAGACAACACAAUGACGACCACUCGCUUCAACACACUUCCAACUGCAUGUGUGAGCGGCGAAACCCGUUCCAAGGUGCUGACAGCAAGCUGUAAUGGUAAAGCUCGAAUGUUAAAAGAACCAGAAGUCAUGGUGAAAAUGAGGUCCUGAUUUUCUGGAUAUGGUACACUAAGGUCUUCAUCUAUGAAUAGGAGUAGUAAAAUUUGAUACGAGCUGUCAACAUGAUUCAAAGUCUAUAUGUUUUUCAAAAGUUUGAGUUGAACAUAAUUGAGUUUGGAUCAAUUUCAUGUCUAUUUAUAUAACAUGAAUUUAACUUGAAUGGACCUAUUUAAUAAUAGUAUUGAUUAAUCUAAUUAUAAUUUUAAAUUA